UCUUGAGAAGAAAUUUGAAGGAUGACAGAGUUUGCACGACAUACCUGAUAGGGGCAUACUCCAGACAUAGAAAAAAGAAUUCCUGGUGAAAGAAUUAUUCUAUGCAUCAUAUUAUUUUCCUAUUGCAAUGAUCACUGAUCAUUGAUUUUUUUUGUAUAAAUGAUCUUUGUAUAAAUUUCUAUUUUAGGACUAGACUGUCCUGCCCCUCUGUAUCUGGACAGGAACCAUGACUCCCACUUGCCAGCAAGAAUAUCAUGAGGUCAGUAUUCUGUGUGAAGACCCUGAAAGUCUGCAUCAGCAUCAUACUGGGGAGAGAUCUGGCAAGCUGGUUGUAAUAAAUUUGCUGCAGCUAUUUUAUGGCUUUCAUCUGUAAGGUACAAACAGAGACUGUGCACUGUAGACAUGGUUGGAGGAAACUGUACCGAGGUUACUGAAUUCAUUCUCAAAGGAUUCACAGAUCAUCCAGACAUUCAGGUCCUUCUUUUCAUGGUUUUUCUAGUGAUCUAUAUUAUUACCUUAUUGGGGAACCUUGGAAUGAUCAUGUUAGUCAGGUUCGACCCCAGACUUCACACCCCCAUGUAUUAUUUCCUUGGUAAUUUGGCAUUUGUAGAUCUCUGUUAUGCCACAGUUGUCGCCCCCAGGAUGCUGGUGGAUUUGCUAGCAGAGAGGAAAGCCAUUUCUUACACUGGCUGUGCAGCUCAGAUCUGUGUUUUCUGUAUGCUGAUUGUAACAGAGUGUUUCCUCCUGGCUGCAAUGGCAUAUGACCGAUAUGUGGCCAUCUGUAACCCGCUGCUCUAUAGAGUUGUCAUGUGUCCGAGACUUUGUGUCCAGCUGAUGGCUGGGUCUUUCCUAGCUGGGUGUGUAAAUUCAAUGGCACAGACAACGGGCAUGUUAACAUUAACCUUCUGCGGCUCCAAUGUCAUUGACUUGUUCUUCUGUGACAUCUCCCCACUGCUUUCGCUCGCCCACUCGGACUCCAGCAUCAAUCACGUUGUGCUUAUAGCUGUGACAUAUUUGACUGGGGUAUUCAGCGGCCUGAUUGUCCUCAUCUCCUAUGUUUUCAUCCUCAACGCUAUCCUGAGGAUCCGCUCUGCUGAGGGCAGGCUCAGAGCCUUCUCCACCUGCACCUCCCACCUCACCGCCGUCACCAUCUUCUAUGGGAGUGGCCUGUUCAUCUAUUUACAGCCCAGCACAAAGUACUCGAGGCAGCAGGACAAGGUGGUCUCAGUGUUCUACACUGUGGUGACCCCCAUGUUGAACCCCCUGAUAUACAGCCUGAGGAACAAGGAGGUGAAGGAUGCCCUGAGGAGAGCGAUAGAGAGGAAAACGUUCUCUCUGGGUCUGAAUUCAUGACCCGAGGCAAUAAGCUUGAAUGGGUGAAUACCUGGCCCAUCUGUUGUAUCUCAUUGUGCAAUGCCCUGUGCUGGGCAUGAAUUACAUUUGACUUCUCCCUUGUCAAUGGCCAGACUCCCCAGCAGCCACAUCCUAACAGGUCCAGUUUAAGACAUUCAGCAAGCACCUCUUUGGCACUUGUAUGCUGACAGGAUUGGGGCCCCACAGUCCUCCAAGUGUAUUUUAUACUGCAGUUUGGAGCCCUUGGAGAACAAGGCCAGUAUCUGUUUUUUCUUGCUCUCCUGCAGGCCUGCAGCAGAUAGGUAUAGGUAGAGUCUCCUUCAUUUUUUACUCUUUAUCUCCUUUCCCAAACAAUUUAUUUUCCCUGAUCAUUAUUAAAUUGUAUUUAAGUGCCUGAGAAAUAUGAAGAUAGUAACCCCUACACACACACACACACACACACACACACACACACACACACACACACACUUCCCUUUAUAUAGCUCCUCUGCGACUUAUACUCAUUAGUUCUCAUAUUCUUCUUGUGAUAGCUGCUAUCCUGCCAAAACACUGGGGCUACACUGUAUGUGAAGGAUGUGGCCUUGAUCUGUAAUCAUUUAUGAAUAUUUGAUGUGGCCUGGUUAUUGGGAUGUUUCCUGUAUGCGUAUGUUGAUUUAGUUUAAUAGCAGGGAUGUUGGAAAACAAGCAGGAAGAAAGCUCCAGAUAAGCCACCUCUUGGAAAGUGCUUCUGGGAUCAUUAAGAGACAAUGCCUGUACUAUUAGUUGUGAAAACGCUUGCUUCCUGUCUCCAGCCACAGUUACAGGGCCUAUUUGCCAAGGCUGGGAGCCAAAAGAUCAUAAGGGCAAUAAAGAGUUUAAAAGAUUUUCUCU